UUUUGUUUUGUUUUGUUUUGAUCAAACACUCCAUUUUCUUUGGACCCUCGUUUGGGAAGAAGGUAGAUAAUGAAAACCAUAGUUAGAAGCUGACUAAACCCAAAUCUCAUGUUUUGGGAGGUGUUUGUUUGGAUACAACUUGAACCCUCUAAUCAUUAUUACCAUUCACGAGCUCUGUUUCCCAAACCAGUUUUUGACUUCUCUCUCUCUCUCUCUCUCUCUCUAUCUAAUCAGUCUCUGAUCUGUCAAAACUCCCAAAUCGAGUCCUGUUUGUCUCUCUCUGAUCUCCCUUGCUGAGAUCGCGUUGUACUUUCCAAUACGCAGAAAGUGGUCUAUCUCUCCUCUCUCUCUAGAUUCAAUUCACCGUGAUAGGAUAGGACUGUGACUAGAAAGAGCUGCAGACAUGAUUCAUGUGCAACAAUAUGAUGUCUAAUAAAUGACAAAAGAUUCAGUGGAGAAAAAGAGAGACAAAGAAAAGAGUUGGAUUACAAAACAUGAGGACUAGGUGCUAUCAUAGUGAAACCCAAUAAUCUGCGAUUAACAGACUUCUGAUGGAGUCUGGAGAGUCAUCUCCAAUUCCAACUCCUUGCUUGGAUAUGGCAUCUACUUGUUGCUUUCCCUAAAGAUGUGGGAAAUUGAACAUUUGCUUCUCUGGAGUAGGAACCUAGCAUAUUUGAUCAGUGCGGAGAGUUCAGAUCCAUCCCUGAUGAGAUUCACUGCCAUCUCCUAUUCUGCUUCAAUCUCCACCUCACUGAAACCCUUUUGAUGAUGAUGGUUAGUCCUCUGUAAAACAGCCCAGAUCUCAGCUUCCAGGCUAGUGCAAUUUUUCCAACUAACCAUUAUAGCCAAAGAUCCAGCUUUCAGUCUCAUCCCUGAAUAUGCAACCAUAGCGUGCUUGAUUUGCAUCACCCCUAGAGCUUGCAUCCAUGUUGAGUUUGAGUUUGAGUUUACCUGCACAUGGGAAACACUAUUUAAUGAAGUGGAUGCCUUUAUAGUGAGGUGGAAGAGGGGAGUGGAAAGCCUCCAGGAUAUCAUUGUCAAAGAUGAUGAUCAAACCAACACUUUUACAAGUGGGUUGGGAUUGACUAUCAAAAACCUUUUUGUUUGUCUUUCCAGAUUUGCCAAAUAGUAACAAUGAAAAUAAUUGUCCAAGUUCUUGUCAUGCGAGGAAAGGUGGCUCCAGGGAGAUCAAUAAUUCUAUGACUCUUUUUUGGUUAUUUGCAUUAUUAUACGUUGAAGAUGUGAUUUUAAACCACUCUUGUAUUAUAUUUUCUCCAACUGGCUUUGAGAAGGGCUGCAAAGCAGGUAUCAAAACUUGUUGAUACCAAGUAAGAAUUGAAGGACACGGGAGCAAUUGCUGGGAAUUCAAGCAAAUCUAAAACUACUCCAGGAAAGGAAACUCCCUUUGAUAGAGGUUCAUGCUUACAAUAUUACUCAGGCCUAUGUUCGUGGCAUAAAAAGAGAAAGAGAAAGAAGCAGAAGAGGAGGCACAAUGCCCUACAAAACUUUGUUGUAGAUUUUCAUCUUCCAAGUAAGAAGUAAAGGACAUGGGAGCAGUUGAUGGGAAUGCAGGCAAUCUAGAAAGGAAACUCCCUUAGAUAGACGUUCGUACUUAUACUAUUAUUCAGACCUAUGUUCGUGGCAGAAAAAAGAGAAAGAGAAAGAGAAAGAAGAAGAAGAGGAGGCACAAUGUCCUACAAAACUUUGUUAUAGAUCUUCAUCUUCCAAAGUUUACUUAAAUGGAGAACACACAUGCAGAAAAAGAUUCUGAUGUAUGGCCUAAAAUAGAUGUUAGCUUAAAGAUGGGUUUGGAAAUGGCCCAAUGUAAUGCGGGUUGGAACUCAUGGCCGGAAAAGAAAAAGACAAAACAUGUUCGUCUUCCAGAGGUUAUUUCAAUGGAGAACACGCAGGCAGAAAAAGAUUCUAAUAUAUGGCCUAAAGAAGAUGUUAGCUUAAAGAGUGGUUUGGAAAUGACCCAAUGUAAUGCGGACUGGAGUUCAUGGCCUGAGAAGAGAAGGACAAAAAAUCUUCUUCUUCCGGAGGUUACUUCAAUGGAGAACACACAUGCAGAAAAAGAUUCUAAUAGAUGGCAUAAAGUUGAUGCUAGCGUAAAGAUGGAAUUGGAAAUGACCCAAUGUAAUGCGGGCUGGAGUUCAUGGCCGGAAAAGAAAAAGACAAAAGAUCAGAAGAUAAGGUAUAAUUCCCUUGAAACAAAUGAUAUAGAUGACAAUCGUCCCGAGGGUACUUUUUCAAUUCAUAUUACUCCUGCACAAGUAGAUUCUUUUCUGCAUUCUCCAAUCAAUACAUGCUUAAGUACAGAUCUGGAAAUGACACAACAUGAUGCAGAAGUGAUUUUAUCUCAGGAUAUGGACAAAGGGAUGGAGCAAAAUAAGAGGCAUAAUGCGUCGAAAAGUAAUGAAAUUAAUCAAGACCACAAGGAGGGUGGUAAUCAGCCUAGUCACUCUCUAACCAAUACGGAGUUUGUUGAAAGAGGGGACGACAACUAUGUUUCUGGAAAUGCAGAUCAACUUGAUAGUUUUCCAAAGUGUGUGGAUGAUAGUUCAAUAAAGAAACAUGAUGACCAUGCUCGCAUUCAUGUUGUUCCUCUUGAUGUGAACAGUAUUCAAACUUAUCAGAUACAGAAACAAAAUAUCCGUAGGAGGAAAAGGAGAAAGUUCUCUGAUACCAUGGAAGGCAGUUUAGGAUUUAUCGAGGACGGUGAUGACUCCUCUGUACUGCUUGUACAGGACAGUUCAGUGAGAGAUUCUUCUUUGAGCCCAUCUGAUGAAGCUCCUGCAUCUGGCUAUCCAGAGAAAAUGUUGGGAGAUGUAAAAGAUGCAAUAUCUUCAUCGUCUCAGUUGGGUGAAUUCACCGAUGAAGUUAGCCUAACUGUUAUCAGCAAGGAUGGGCCUCAACAGAUGCUGCGGUCUUCACUAGGAAAUGCCACUGGCAAUUUCAGAAAAAAGCUUCUUGUCCUUGAUGUGAAUGGACUACUUGCUGAUAUUGUUUCGUAUGUGCCUUUUGGAUAUAAACCAGAUGCAUUUAUUUCCAAGAAAGCAGUUUUUAAGAGGCCAUUUUGUGACGACUUUCUGCAGUUUUGCUUUGAGAGAUUCAAUGUGGGUGUCUGGUCAUCUAGAACUAAGAGAAAUGUGGAAUCUGUUCUUGAUUUUCUUAUGGGAAAAUCCAAAUGCAAUUUGCUUUUUUGUUGGGAUCAGUUCCACUGUACAGAUACGGGUUACAAUACGGUUGAGAACAGAGAGAAGCCCAUGCUUCUAAAGGAACUUAAAAAAUUAUGGGAAAAGGAUGAACCAGAUCUUCCAUGGGAUAGGGGAGUGUAUAACGAAUCAAACACACUGUUGUUGGAUGAUUCUCCAUACAAGGCCUUGCGCAAUCCUAUGCACACUGCAAUCUUCCCCCAUCCAUAUCGGUACAAGGAUGUCAGAGAUAAUUCUCUUGGGCGUAGCGGUGACCUUCGGGGUUAUCUAGAAGGAUUAGCGUCUGCUGACAAUGUUCAAAAAUAUGUACAACAAAACCCAUUUGGUCAACGGCCUAUAACGGAAAAAAACUUAUCUUGGGCUUUCUAUCUUAAGGUUAUCGGCUCCACCUCCACCUCCACCUCAACCUCAACCCGACAGGAAGAAGAUGCUAAUAAUUCUUCGGCUCGUCAACAAAGAUUUGAGCGGAAUGACGACAGAAAUAACUUUCAGACCUAUUUUUGCAGAAACUGAUAUUGCCUUGGCAAAUUUGAAGUUGAUGAUGGUGGAUCAAUGUGGUGAGGGUGCUGGAGGGUAACCUUGGAAUUCAACUGCAGCUGCUACUCUAUUUAUCUGAUGUUGUCGUGGGUCUGCAACCUCUGGUGGUGUAUAAUGCUUUUACCCUGAGACAAAUCGGUCCUAUAUAUGUACCAAUCUUGAUAAAUUUAAAAUGAUAACUGAAUAGUUGAGGAUGGUUCAUUUUUGUUAGUAUCUAGGGUUAGUAUUCUUUUUGUAUUGUUCCCUGUAUGUACUUUGAUCUUUUUGGGACAAUAUUUUCACAGAUAAAUGCAGGCCCUUUUUUUAUUUAUU